ACAUGUCAGUAUAUUUAAUAAUUAGUAUUUAUAUUAUGAUAAUAAGUCAUGCGAGGGCAGAAUUACGUCCAGCCACUUGAUAUCAAUGGCAGCCCACCACUCAGUCCUGCCAUAAAUGCAGCUGAGGAUUUUGCUGCUGAAAAUGGACCUGAAGUUCCUGAUGUUGACAUUGUUGCACCUGCUGAUAAUGAUGAACUCCUGUCUGACAGGACUGGAAUGUCUCUCAGCAACGGAGAUUCAGUGAACAAACUCAGACCAGUUGAAGAUGGCACUUUUGCCAGUAAAGAGUCGGCAUCUGACUUGAAUGAGACGGCUGCUCAUCCCAUGUUACCAGCCAUGGACAAGGUUCUCCCCAUGACAAUAUCUGAAGCCCUUGAAACAAUUGAGGAGAAGAAGUUGAGGAAGCAAUCACACCUCAUUGUAUAUUUUACAGCCUUCAUCAUGUCCAUUGGAUUUUCUAUAGUGAUGACAUCAGUCUGGCCGUACCUGAAGCAGCUUGACAACUCGGCAAGCAAGGUGUUCUAUGGCUUGGUGAUAGCUGUCAACCCCCUGGGGCAGCUACUCACUGCUCCACUCCUCGGAUGGUGGGGUAACCGAGCUGGCUCCAAUAGACCAGCUUUUCUUGCAUCUGUAUUCUUCUACGUGCUUGGCAACGUGAUGUACGGAAUGCUGCGCCUCAUGCAUGGACCUCUCGCUGCAUACUCCCUCAUGGUGUCACGCUUCGUUGUCGGCAUGGGGUCGGCAAACAUAGCCGUGUGUCGGUCUUACUUGUCGGCUUCCACAACCCUGGCAGAACGCAGCUCUGCUAUGGGCUUCGUUUCUGCUGCCCAAUCUAUCGGUCUUAUCAUUGGCCCUGCCAUCCAGACGGCCCUGGCGGUAGCCAUCCCUGUAGCCGCGCCUGCCCACAAUGCGACCUCGUCAGACGUGGCGCCCGCACUGCCGCUGUGGGACCUCUACACCGCAGCGGGCUGGAUUGCCGCGCUGCUCGGCCUCAUCAACUUCGUGCUUUUUAUGCCGUGCAUAUACAAGGAGAUGAACAUCGCCGCGCGUGAAGCCCAGAUGAUGAAGGACCGGCUUCAGAAUUCCGCCCUGGACUACCCAAAGCCUGACUUGUGGGCGGUAUUCGUGGUGCUCCUCAACUUCUUCUUCGUGUUGUUCCUGUACGUCCUGCUCGAGACAAUUGUCGUGCCAAUGAGUAAAGACUUGUAUGGAUGGUCUUCAGAAUUUGCCAUAAAGGUGGUUGGUAUAGGUCUGAGCAUCGUCGGAAUAGUUGCCUUCUUUAUGUUCUUUGUGACGACCAUCUUGUGCAAGUACUUUGAUGAGAGGAAGAUCUAUAUUGGCGUUGGUCUCGUGCCUCUCGUGCUCGCUAUGAUCAUCCACUUCCCCAUGGGGAGCAAUUACCCUCUCAUGCAGAACUGCACCGCCCUCAACCAAUCUAACAUCGCAGUCGAUUUAUUGGACUCAUCGCCCAGCCCUCUGGACUCCCUGGCUACUACCGAGACGCUCCUACGGAACCGCAGGUACAUCGACGGCAGCAGAUUUUCUGUUGAAACCGGCAAUGGAAAAAUUAGUUUCCUCACUGCGGUACCUGACGAACGAUUUAUUCACAACACGAGUAAAGUACGCAGUGUAAUUACUCAUGACAGUAAUAGUAGCGCCAAGAAAAAUACCAACAAGAAGGGUUUUAUUUUCUCUUACCUGAAGACGUACGGGUACACGGUGAGUCGUGUUCGACGUGCCGCUCUGAUCGACGACGAGGACGGUUGUGACGCCGUUGGCUGCCCCGUAAGCCAGCAGUGGUGCCUCUACACUCCCAUUGUGGAGAUCCCGCAGUUGGUCAUUGCGAAUGUGAUUGGGGUGAUCGGCUACCCCGCCGCCUUCUCGCUCUCUAGUUCCAUCUUCUCCAAAAUGAUCGGCCCUAAAAGCCAGGGCAUCUGGAUGGGACUGAUGACAAGCACUGGCAGCUUGUCGAGAAUGACUGGCCCCAUCUUCGUCACCUGGAUUUAUUCCAGCCACGGCACGCGCUGGACGUUCGGUGUUCUGGCCGUGGUUCUCGCCGGCACUGUGGUCUUAUCGCUCAUUUUCUAUAAGCGCUUGGUUCCCAUGGACAUCAACAAGAACCUGCCGAUUGCCUCUGUUAACACCGUGUCUUGAUGGAAAAUUCGUCCUAAAACUUUGUAUAAUGUUCAGUUUUUGAUGUACUUAGUAUUCGAGCUGCAAGCUGUGGUUGUUCUGUACAUUGUUUCUCGGAUUUCUGUUUUCUGUUCUUUCCGCUUCUUGUUGGUACUGUUGAACAAUGGACCGCCCUGGCUGAACAACUAAUAAGGCAGAUCUGAUGGCAUCUUAUACAGUGCCGCAAGUCUGGCCAAGUGUCAUCAGAUUAAUUUGAAAUUUUUUUUGCAAAUUUUAUAAUCAGAGUAUUCCCGUCCAAAUAACCAAUAAACGAAAUUACUUUCCAGCGUACGGCUCUUCAGUCCCAUGGAUAAUGAAAAAUUCAAUUGCCUGCUUGUCAGGUUGAUGAUUUUGUUCUGACUCCAGUGACUUGUUCAGCAAAAAUUUAUUUGUUUAUAGAAUAACUUGUUAGAGUUUCCCCUCAGUUGUCGAAGUGUUUCCUGACGCUGCGAUCACUGAGUUGUUGGUCUCGCGUCAUUGUCGCAAUCACACGACGGUUGUGAGCUAUUUACCUACGCACUACUCGUCUGUCAUGUGACGUCACAAACUAAUAAGGACCCUUCAGUCGCGCAUAAUUUUCAUAAAAGAAUACUUCUUUCUUUUUGAGGAUCUCAAGAAAUUAUAAUUCAUGGUUUCUUGUUGCAAAAUCAUCGAAAUUGAACUUCAUGCAGCGAAAGUGCUUCCUCCAUAUUUUUCUAGCGCUAUAGCGUUGUUUAUCUUCUCCAUAAUUUAACCUUCAUGAAGCAUUUGAAUAAAUUGUUAAUAUUCAUUAUGUACACUGAAUAAAGUGUGGAUGUAGUUUUCAGCUAAACUGCAGGACUAAGCAAUGCCCGCGUUUUAUAAUGAAGCUCUCUGCAGACUGCCAGCUACACCUCUUCCUACACCUUUCUAAGAAUAUGAUAAAAAUGUCUAUUUUUGAUAAAUAAAUUCCAUGAAUAAACAACCCUUCUAAUCAUAAAUUGACUCACUAGAUGAAUAUAUGUGAUAAACGUUAUUCUAGGAUUGACUUCGAUUAUAGGUCUAAUUUUCUUAUACUAUCAUUCAUUACGAAGAUAAAUUUAUUGGUGAUAUAAUUUGUAUUGAUUUAGUAUUUAUCAAAGUCAUCGGCUGGCCAACACAUGCAAUGCCGUAUCUAUGGAGGAUUUUUGUACUUAGGUUUGAGCUUGUUAGGUUUGAGCUUUGGAAGGCUGCUAGGAAAAUUGUCUUGAGCUACUCGUAUAUAGGUAGUUACAUGAAAUUGUCUACAUUUAUUGCUUAGAUUAUACUUGUUUGUUAAAUGUUGAACUACACGACAAAUUGACUGGAGGCUGGAGGAUGUAAGUCGUCAUUUCUGUAGAGUAUAUGAGAUAUGAACCAUAUUAAAGCGUUUGAUAUAACGAGCAAUAUGAGCCAGUUGAAGCGUUUCUCAUUACUGCAAGUGUCUAAACAUAAAGCCUUGAGUAACACAAAAUUAGUCGGCUGAGCAGCUAAGUCUUGAAGCUUUUUUUUUUUUUUUUGUGCAAUCAUAGCCUCUUUUUCUCGAUAUGUCGCAUGCGUGAUCGACUCCAUGUUGAUAACUGGUUUAUGUUGUACUAAGAGUGAAUCAUUGCGUGAAUUGCAGGAAGUAUUUUUUCAUCAUGGAAAAGAUUAUGAGAUCAUUUGCACAUGCUGCAGUCUCGGU